AUGGAACAUCUCAGCGAGACGUGUCUGGGCAAAGAGAACGAGCUGGUGAGCAGCAUGGCAGAGGCCAAGUGCCCCUCGGCCAAACUGCCCCGGCUGGAGAACGGCCCGUCGCUCCCUGGUGCUCCUCCGGCCAAGCUGCCUCGACUGGAGCAGAACGGGCCCAGCGCUCAGAGCGGCCCGCCCGCCAAACUGCUACGCCUGGAGCAGAACGGCAGCCCCCUGGGACGUGCUCGCCUCGGCAGCAACGGAGCCAAACUCUCUGGGAUCCCAUACAAACCCAGCAGCCACCUGCUCAAGUCCUGCCACAAGAGAGGUAACAUGCUGCCGGUGUUCUGCGUGGUGGAGCACUUUGAGAACCCCCUGGACUUUGACAGUAAAGAGGAGCACGCCGAGUUCGUCCUGGUGAGGAAGGACAUGCUCUUCAACCAGCUCAUCGAGAUGGCCCUGCUGUCCCUGGGCUAUUCCCACAGCUCCGCCGCUCAGGCCAAAGGCAUGAUCCAGGUGGGGAAGUGGAACCCCGUGCCCCUGUCGUACGUGACUGACGCACCAGAUGCCACUGUGGCCGACAUGCUGCAGGAUGUGUACCACGUGGUCACGCUCAAGAUCCAGCUGCACAGUUGUCCUAAGCUGGAAGACCUGCCGCCCGAGCAGUGGAGCCACUCCACAAGCAUGAUUUCCUCCAUCGUGAACAGCACUUACUAUGCAAAUGUGUCGGCCGCCAAGUGUCAGGAAUUUGGGCGCUGGUAUAAACAUUUCAAGAAGACAAAAGAUAUGAUGGGCAUGCGCCAACCCUCCCAACUGGAGGGCUACCUGGGGACGUGUGUCCUCCGAGAGAGCCCACGUGCCAAUGCACUAGGAGACAUGGACGGCCUCGCAGACCUGUCUCCUCCCGGCUCUAACCACAACCACCUGAGCUUCUCCCAGCAGCAGCAGCCCAUCCCAGGCAGCACAGCAGAGCAGACGCCCUCCUCACCGGUCCCCCCUCUAUCCCACGCUCCGCCCCCUCACGGCGGGCAGGCGGGGGGCAGACAGCCGCAGAUGCCCGGCCUGCACCACCCCGGCCUUGUGUCCACGCCCAUCAGCCCCCAGCUGGUCAACCAACAGCUGGUCAUGGCUCAGAUCCUCAACCAGCAGUAUGCCGUCAACAGGCUUCUGGCCCAGCAGACUCUGUCCCAGCAGUACCUCAACCACCCCCCAGUGAGCCGCAACCACAACAAGCCCAUGGAGCCUCAGGUGGCCUCCAACACAGACGUAUCCUCGGAAAUCUACCAGUGGGUUCGGGACGAGCUGAAGAGAGCCGGCAUCUCCCAAGCCGUGUUCGCCCGAGUGGCCUUCAACAGGACACAGGGCCUGCUCUCCGAGAUCCUCCGCAAAGAAGAGGACCCCAAGACGGCCUCGCAGUCGCUGCUGGUCAACCUGCGCGCCAUGCAGAACUUCCUUCAGCUCCCCGAGGCUGAGCGAGACCGCAUCUACCAGGACGAGAGGGAGAGGAGCCUGACCGCGGCCUCGGCCAUGGCGUCCGCACCGCUCAUCGGCACGCCCCCCAACCGGCCAGUGCAGCCCUGGAGGGAGGACAGCAUAAGGCCGGACGACUGGAACCCCAGGAUCCCAGUGGGCAUCUCCCCUGUGAGCACCUCCCCCGUGCACCUUCACCCCCCCAGACGCCCAGUGAAGCCACCCACUCUGCCCUGCGAGUGGAACGGCAAGUCAGAGAACUGCCUGGUCAACAUCAACUCUACCAUCUACGACGAGAUCCAGCAGGAGAUGAAGAGAGCCAAGGUGUCCCAGGCCCUGUUCGCAAAAGUGGCUGCCUCCAAAAGCCAGGGCUGGCUGUGUGAGCUCCUGCGCUGGAAGGAGGACCCCACCCCAGAGAACCGCACCCUGUGGGAAAACAUCUCCACCAUCCGCCGCUUCCUCAACCUGCCCCAGGGCGAGCGCGACGCCAUCUACGAGCAAGAGAGCAGCGCCAUGCAGCAGCACCACAGUGAGAGGCCUCAGCACCUGAUGCACCUGAGCCAGGAGCAGAUCCAGGCGCAGACUCAGCCUCAACACCAGCACCAGCCGCCUCUGUCCCUGCAACUCUCCACUCACCCUGUCCUCCCACAACCUCCCCUCCAACAGCAGCAGCAGGGCCCCCGCCUCCCGCCCCGCCAACCCUCCACCGGCUCCCCCGCCGAGACCGAAGACUCCGAGUCCAACCGAGGCCCCAACAACAACAGCAGCACCCCCAAGCAGCGCCCGCCAGGAGCCAAGAUCUCCCUUGAGGCUCUGGGCAUCCUGCAGAGCUUCAUCCAGGACGUGGGGCUGUACCCGGACGAGGAAGCGGUCCACACGCUGUCCGCGCAGCUGGACCUGCCCAAGCUCACCAUCAUCAAGUUCUUCCAGAAUCAGCAGUUCUACGUCAACCAGCCGCAGAUGAACAACAGCAGCGGUGGAAGCGGCGGCAACACACGGGCGCACAACAACAGCAGCAGCAGCAACAGCAGCAGCGCGGGGUCCAGCCCGGCCUUCCGCGAUGAGCUCACGGACUUCCGGGAGGUCAAGGAGAUGGACGAGAGCACGCAGACCGACUCCGGCAACGUGUUUAGCGUCAAGGCGGAGGGCGAGGCGGGCCGAGGGAGCGACGGCGUGCAGGAGAACGAGGUCGCUAAGGAGUAG